CUCUCCUGUCCGCUCAGGCGUCGCUGUUUCUUGUAGCUUGUAGACGAAUGCCUCCAAAAGCGAAGAAAAAGAAGCACUGAAGCACUUUAGCUCCGCUAGCUAGCACCGCUAGCUCCUCUUCUUAUGUGAUUCCAGAGAAAAAAAAGGAGUAUCGGGACAGGAGCAGUAGUUCAUGGAAGACAAGAAAAGGAAAAAAGAAGAAAAAAGGAAAAGGGAAGCCUCUCAGAAGGUCACAGAACAAAAAAACAAAGUGCCAGACUUGACCAAGCCGGCAUCUGCCCAGUCUCCUGCCACUCAGAGCAGCUCUGCCUCCCCCAGCCCUGGACCCACCCCUUCUGCCUCCCCAUCCCCAGCCACCUUGGGCCCUGGCAGUGCUGCCUCCCCGUCACAGGGCGGCAACAAUGCCAAGCGCCUGCCGGUGGCCAACGGACAGCCCACCUCCACCACCAUUUCUUCCUCCACCGCUGGCGGCCCCGGUGCUGCUGGAAACGGCAGCACAAGUAGCGGAGGCGGAGCCCAAGCGCCUCAGCAGCAGCCGCGCUACAUGCCGAGAGAAGUGCCGCCGCGAUUCCGCUGCCAGCAGGACCAUAAAGUGCUACUGAAGAGGGGUCAGCCGCCACUGUCCUCCAUGCUGCUGGGAGGGGGAGGAGGAGGAGGAGGAGGAGGGGGAGGAGGGGAUGGCCCAAAUGCAAACAUGGCUGCUGUCUCAGAUUCUGGUGCAGCUGUCUCCUCAUUGGCCCUCACCUCAUCAUCAGUUGCUGCUUCUACUACUACUUCUAAUUAUGCAAAUUCCAUGUGGGGGGCGAGCUCAGGCAGCCAGGCCUCCUCUCAGGGCAGGGAGAAGGUGAUCGUCGAUGGCAACGACCUGGAGGAGUGGCCUAGCAUCGCUGGCAGUGAUGGGGGAGGAGCUUCUUUCACCGGGGCCGGAGGGGGCAGCAGCAACAACGGAAUGCCUGUGAACAGCAUCAGUGCCUCUGGCAACCAAUCCUCACCCACUUCCUCGUUCUCUUUGCCCAAUGAAUGUAUGCAGUCGUCCAACGGUGUGGCGUGGGGGAUGGCUGCCUCCCAGGGUCAUCUUGGAGGAGGGAAUGCAGUAGCUGCAGCUGGGCCUCUGCUACAACAGCCCUCCUCACUUUCCAAAGCCUCCGCUGUGCCAGGGAGCCAUGACGCCAGUGGCCCCGUCGACGGCAGCAGUGGGAUUCCAGGUGCCAACUUCAAUCCAAAUGCCAACCCUUCGGCCUGGCCUGCCCUGGUGCAGCAGGAUGGGCCCGCUGCUGCAGCGGAAGGAGGUCCGUCUUCCUUCCAUCACCAGGGCCCUGGAGGGUCUUUGUCUGCCAACAACUCUGCUUCCCUGGGCCUGGGAGGCGGGGCAGUCGGGGUGCUGGGGGGUCACCCACCUUUAUCUGUGAAUCAAUCAAGCACCCAUCAGCGGCAACUUCACCAAAUGCAAUCCAGAGACAGAGAGAUGGGAGGGGGAAAGUGGGACAGCGAAUCAGCGGGACCAAAAAUCGCAGGGGGGGAAGGGAUUGGGGGAGGAAUGGACCGUGGUGCGGGAGGAGGCGAGAUGAGUGUGGGAGACCACAGCGUUGCCUCCUCAUGGAGAGGCCAGUCUUCUUACCCUGCAGCUAACUCCAAAACGGGUGCCUCAAGGACUGAUGGAUGGGAGGGUGGAGGAGGUGGCACAGGUGGAUUCGGAGCUGCUGAAGGAGAUAAUGGGACCUCCAGUUGGGGGUAUCAGAGUUCCACUAGUGGGGCUAAUGCUUGGGGCAGUGCUGGAACUGGGGGAAACAGUAGUCAAACCUCCGGGGUAUCUCAGGGAGGGUGGGGGUCAUCAGGAGUCGGAGGGGAGAGAGGGGUUUCUGGAGGUGAUUGGGGUGGGAGCUCCACUGGUGUUGGUGGAGCUAAUCCAGGAGGUGAGGGAAUUGGUGGAGCCUGCAGCAGUAACAGCAGCAGUAGUGGGGGCAGCACAGCUGGCAACCCCCCGGCCACCUCCUCCUCUUCCUCAACAACCACCACUAUGACCAGAGCUUGGGACAAUCAGAAGGGGGAGAGUGAAACAGGGGAAUGGGGUGGGGGAGUAGACGGACAGGGAGCACAUGGAGGAUCUUCAUCCAGUGGUGGAAAUUCCAGAAACGGGAGCAGGCCUAACAGUAGUCACAGCCAUCCUCCCCGCCCCGCACCUAAUGCUGAAGCUGCCUUACAGAACCUGCUCAGCCGGUCUGAUCUGGACCCUCGGGUCCUGUCCAACACAGGCUGGGGCCAAACGCAGAUCCGACAAAACACAUCCUGGGACUUUGAAGGAGGAAAGAGUAAAGGUGGAUCGACAUCAGCUACAUCGAAACACGCAUCGUCUCUUGGUGGUUCUUCUCAAUAUUCUGGUGGACCCAGGACUCAAAACACUGAUUCUUUGGGUCCAGGGGUCAGUCCCUCCCAGCCUCCAUCAGCGGGGUCCUCCGGAGAGGGCUGGGAGAGCAGCAGCAACAGUAGCAGUAGUGGGGCCUCUAUGUCUGGGAGAGCCCCGCCACCUUCAGGCCCCAACAUGAGGAAUCUUGGCGUCUCACAAUCUGGGCCAGUGACCCCAACAGGACCUGGUAUGGGGCCAGGGGUAAUGCCAGGACAUAGCCAGCAGGGGAAAGCUACAGGCUGGGGUGGAGGAGGGAUGGGGGCUGGGGACAGCCAGCAGGCCAAGGGCUGGGGGAAUGAGGAAUGGAGAGACAGUAGUAGAGGAGGAAAUGGUGGAGGAUGGGGUGAUCAUGGGCAACAGGGUGACCCAGCGAGUGGAGGCUGGGGAGGAAAUAAGGAGGAGAAAGGGACAGGAGGGGGGUGGAAAGAAAUGGGAGGGAAUGGAGGAGGGAGCGGGUGGGGAUCAGGACCGAAGGCCGGGGCAGGUAGGGACUGGGGAGAGCAGCAGUCCAAAUCAAAUAGCGGAGGAGGGGGAUGGGAGGAUGAGAGGAAGAACAGAGAAGGAAACUCAGGUGGGGAUUCAGGUGUGGGUAGUUGGGGGAGCUGGGAGGAAGGUGCUCCUCGGAGAACCUGGGGAGCAGGGGGCACAGGGGGAGGAGGAGGGAGUGGAGGAGGGGGGAUGGGUGUUGGGGGCAUGGGGUCCAAACCCCAUCAAGGUUGGAGUGGAGGAAACAAAAUGCACCAGAUGCCAAACAGCCAGCCGGGCUCCAUCACAGGCCCGCAGGCACAACUGCAACAGCAACAAUCACAGCCCCGCAAUCAGCAUCCACAGCGGCAGCAAGCGUUGGACCAAGGGGCUAUGCAAGGGGGCGGGGGGAGGAAACCCAUCUCUCAAGCCCAGAAUCAGAACCAAAGCUCAGGCUGGACCUCGGGGCCCAUCCCUGGCGGCUCCGGAGGAGGUGGAAGCGGAUCUGAACCGAGCGGCUGGGAGGAGCCCUCACCGCAGUCUAUAAGCAGGAAGAACGAGAUCGAUGAUGGAACAUCAGCAUGGGGAGACCCAACCCAUUACAGCUACAAGCCGGUCAACCUGUGGGAUAAGAACAGCGCCCCUGCUGGGCAGCAGCCGCAUGACCAGCAGCCUCAUGGCCAGCAGGCUCAUGGCCAGCAGGCUCAGGCUCAGGCUCAGGCUCAAGCUCAGGCUCAGGCUCAAGCUCAAGCCCAGGCUCAGGCUCAGGCACAAGCCCAGGCUCAGGCUCAGGCUCAGGCUCAGGCUCAGGCUCAGGCUCAGGCUCAGGCUAAGCAGCAGCAGCAGCAGCAGCAGCAACAGCAACAGCAGCAGGCACCUCCAAUACAGCAGCAGCCCAACAGGCAGGCUGCAGGGCUUGGAGGUAACCGAGACUUUAACACUGGCCAUGGACCUGCAAAAACUACAGCUAUUGGUUCAUCAGGUUGGGGUGGUACUUCUCCAACUAGUCCUACAGUAGACACCGGCACUACAGCUUGGGGAAAGACUACUGACGCCCCUACUGGCUGGGGAGAUCCUGAAGAUGCUGGAGGGAAGACAUCGGGCUGGGGAAACCCUUCUCCCAACCCCAUCAAAUCUGGUUCAAAGUCUAUGCAAGAUGCCUGGGGGGAGAAAGAGGGACCUGUGGCUGCCUCGCGUCACUCAAGCUGGGAGGAUGAGGAGGAGGGAGGCGGAGGCGGCGGCGGCAUGUGGAACAGCGCCGGCUCCCAGGGAAGCGGCUCGUCUUGGGGACAGGGAAGCAAUGGGGGCUGGGGACAGACCCACCCUGGGAAAAAGCCCAGCAGCAAGGGUCCAAUGAAGGCUGGCGUAGGAGAGUCAUGGAUGAGCCCCAUCAACAGACAGUUCUCUAACAUGGGGCUGCUGAAUGAUGACCCCAGUGGCCCAAACAUUGACCUGGCUCCGGGUUCCCACCAGGAGAAGAAGAUGGAUGCAGAGAAAAGAAGCAUGGGGAUGGGGAUGGGAAUGGGCAUGGGUAUGAACGAUUACAAUGGAGACAUGAGGAAGGGAGGAAGACCAGGAGGGGGGAUGGCUUAUCGUCAACCUGGAUCCAAAGAGGCAGCACCUGGGGAUGCUGGGUCCUACUAUGACAAGACCUUGCCUUUGACCAAUCAGGAUUGGUGCCUUGGGGAGGAGGGUCAUGGCUCUCUGUACUCACCACCCACUGUCUACAAGCCCCAUUCCCUCUUCAACCACACUAUUCCCUUUAGACAAGGCGGUCACAGUAUCUUUGGCAGUAGCGGAGGGAUGGCUCAGUCAAGACACCAGCCAAGUGUCCCACCCAUAAACCAGUCCCCAGGGAUACGAGCGCAAGUGCCUCAUCAGUUCCUGUCGCCUCAGGUGCCAGGCUCCGUGCUGAAGCAGAUGCCCCCUCCCAGCGGGAGCGUGGGGGGUGUUGGCGGCGUGGGAGGAGUGGCAGGAGUCGGGGGAGGUGUGUUCCCUCCACAGCUGUCCCCCCAGCAUAUUGCCAUGCUCAGCAGCAUCUACCCACCUCACAUCCAGUUUCAGCUGGCUUGUCAGCUCCUCCUCCAGCAGCAGCAGCAGCAGCCGCAACAGCAGCAGCAACAGCAGCUGCUGCAAAACCAGAGGAAGUUCCCACCGAACAUGCGGCAGCAGGCUGACCCUCAACAGCUGGCCAGGAUCAUGGCGGUGCUCCAGCAGCAGAGACAGCAGCAGCAGGUCGGAGGUUUAGGCGGCAGCUCCAAACUCUCCCCAUCCCACCACGGUGGAGGUGUCGGAGGGGGUCCCAAACUGCCCGGGGCUGAUUCCCUGCCCCACCAAGGCCUGGUGGGCUCUGUGGCCGACAUGCACCAGAAAAAUCUCGGACCAUAUUCCGGGUUUGGAUCUGGAGUGAACCUCCCCGGUCUGGACAUGGGCGGCUCUGUAGUGGGGGUGCCUGGGGGCAUGAAGGACCUGGGGAUUCAGCAGUCCCGCUUCAAAUGGAUGAUGGAAGGACACUCUUCUCCAGACACCUCCUCACCUGAGAACGCAUUCCACAAAACAGGUCCCGUCACCCCCAUGAAGAUGCCGGGGGGCUCGCCCUACUCUCAGUAUGACAUGAUGGUUGGAGACGGGCUGGGAGACAACUGGCAUCGCACCCCUGGCAACAAGAUGGGUGCCAAGCCUACCGCCACGCCCAGCUGGCCCCCUGAGUUCCAGCCUGGCGUGCCCUGGAAGGGAAUCGACCGUGUCGACCCUGACUCUGACCCUUACAUGACCCCAGGGAGCAUGAUGGGAAACGCAGUGUCCCCCAACCUUAAUGAUACUGAGCACCAGUUGUUACAAGACAAUACUGAUUCCACCCCUCCCCUCAACACCUUGCUGCCUUCACCUGGUGCCUGGCCCUACAGUGCCUCAGACAGUCCCCUCAACAACGCACACAACUCAGCAAAGUACACAGACUACAAGACCAGCUGGCCCCCAGAGCCCAUCGGACACAAGUCCUGGAAAGCUAACCGCGGCAGCAGCCAGAGCCAGAUGUCCCAGCUGUCCCGCCCUCCUCCAGGACUAGCUAGUCAAAAGCAGCCAUCGCCUUCCCCUUGGUCUGGAGGAGCCCCUCGAUUGGCUGGCCGGGGCUGGGGCGGUGGCUCCAGCACCACUGCCUCGAGCUGGAGUGACGGCAGCUCUCGGGAAAGCUGCUGGUUGGUGCUCAGCAACCUCACGCCACAGAUUGAUGGCUCUACUCUGAGGACCAUCUGCAUGCAGCACGGCCCUCUGCUGACCUUUCACCUUGGCCUGACCCAGGGCACCGCUCUGAUUCGCUACGGCUCCAAACAGGAGGCAGCCAAGGCCCAGAGCGCACUCCACAUGUGUGUUCUGGGUAACACCACCAUCUUGGCGGAGUUUGUGAGCGAGGAGGAUGUGGCUCGCUACAUUGCACAUUCCCAGGCCGGAGGAGCAGGGAGCGGAGGAACCACACCCGGCUCUGCAGGCUCCGGGCCUACCGCCUCCUCCGCAGCGGGGGCCAACGGUAACGGAGGAAGCUGCGAUAGAUCCGGAGCCGGAGGCAGCAGCGGCGGAGGAGGAGGAGGAGGAGUAGAAGGAGGCUCCGUGGCUGGAGGAGCAGGAAACGGAGGAGCCGGGCCCCCCAGCUCCGGGUGGCAGAGUCUGGACAGCACAGGCAGCUCAUCGGACCAGUCCGCCACCCAGGGGCCCGGGCUGGGCAUCUUCGCCCAGUGGAGCAGCAACGGGACCGGGGUGGGCGGAGGGGCCGGGGGCGUGGAGGCCGGAAGGCAGGGUCUGUGGGGAGGGAUGGGCGGGGCGGGGUACUCCAGCAGUAGCCUAUGGGGUUCCCCGGCACUCGACGACCGUCACCAGAUGGGCAGCCCCGCCUCACUGCUGCCAGGGGACCUGCUGGGCGGGGGGGCUGACUCCAUCUAAGGGGCCGACUGACAAACACACACAUUUUACACCCAAGUUGUAAUACACAUGUCACGCUCUGUAUUUAUUUACACAUAGAGAUGACAUGAAUUACCCAACACUCAUACUACACACAGGCUACAUGCAGUACAUGCACACAUUAUAUCCACACAUCAAAAACCGCUUAACUUUAAAUGAAGACAACAGUAAAACUUGAACCGGGGGAAAAAAGGUGAAAUCCAUUAAACUCUUUAGGACUCAACUGGAUAGCUCUUUGUCUUUUUACUCCAAAAUCCCACCAUCUGCAUUCAGAGACCCGAUCGCUCAGGCAUGCACUGUAGACAGGCUCAGCCAGAGUCGUACACGUCAACAAGUUUAGCUAUUGCUGUUUUUAGUGUGCCACGAUUUCUUUUUCUUUUUUUGUAUAACUAUUUAAUGGUCGAAUCUCAAAAAUUCUGACUUGCAGACUGAGCCCUCGUAGACCUGGCUGGCGUACUUCUAAGUUCUCAUGUUCGGAAAGCUUGAGAGUGGGGGAAGGAUAUCUGGAGUUUGUAGAAAAUUGUGGAUGGCGCCACACUACUGAGUCAAAUGGACGAUCAGCAACCUUUUUGAGAUCUGGAAAAGGAGAGCGUUUUUAGUAGGUACCUACCAACACCUCUACCUUGGUGGAAAUAUGCCAUCAACAUGGGACCCAGGGUAAAAAAAAAAAAAAAAAAAUCUAAACAGAAACAACAUUAGCCAAACUUGCACUAUAUGCCUCUGGGUUUGUUGUUGAAACAUCCUCCACAAAUCCCUCCAUUUUUUUGAAACAGAGCUACAACACAACAACUACACAGGACGACUAAAUGUUACAACAGCAGUGGCCUUGGCUAACAACCAGCGGCCGCCCGCCCGCCAUGUCAGCAGCCUUCACACCAUCAGUUACACACUGCUCUUAUAUUUGACAAGCAAAAUUGUAUCUCCUUGUUGAUGUACGUCAGUUGUUUAUCAUUUUUUUUUCUGUUUUAAAAGAAAAAAAGAAAUGUGUGAAACUUUGUGGAAAUUCAGAGAUGUCCUUUUUUUUUUUUUUUUUUGCCCUUCAAAACACUGACCUCGCUAUUGUAUUUUUUCUUACUCGAGAAAUCAAGUUGGUUAUUAUAUAUUGUCAUGAUGUUAAUGAUGAUCACUUAUUUACUCGCUGUACAAGGUGCCCUCCUGCCUGCCUGUGUGUGCAUGAAAGGAGUGAUGACAGUAUGACCGAAUGGAGGAGGAUGUGAUGAAGAUAAUAAUGAUAUCGGGAGUGUCUGUGUUAUUGCUACAAUGUUGAAUGUUUUUUUUUUUUCUUUCUUGUCCAUGAGAUUCAUGAGAUGUGUGUGUGUGUGUGUGUGCGUGUGUGUGUGCUUGCUUUUGAACACUUAUCUGCUCCAGUCAGGGAAGUGAAUAGAUGUUAAUCUGACAGCUUACAUUUUGAGAGAAAGGGUGCGUUUGUGGAUGCGUGUACAUGUUUGCGUGCUCGACUGUCUGGAUAUUGUAAUAGCUAAAAAGUUCAAAAACAUUGGCACUAUUGCAUUACGUCUCUUAAGUUGUGUUUUUUGUUUUUUUUUAGCAGCAUUUUGUUCCUGUUUGUGUUUUUUUUUUCUGCCAAAUGCAAUAAGAGAAUAUUUAGUUUUUAAGACGAAGCAACCAACUGAAGGCAUUUUCUAUUAAGAUGCCAAAAUCCUACCAUACCAAGCUGAGCUGGAACAGUGUUUUACAGACACGUUAAAGACAUUACCUGUUAUGUUUUACUGUUUGUUUUGUUUUUGUUAUUAUGUAUCAAUUUAAAUUAAGUCAGUCUUUAUUAUCACUCCUGUUCGGGAUGUUUUCAUUUAUUUCAGAUGUUACAAAAAAAAGGAGAGGAAAUUAAUUUAAAGCAGAAAAGAACAAGAUAAUAAAGGUUGAAUUGAA